AUGUCGUCAGUGGUGGAGUUUGCUUCUAAGGAAAGUAGCGAUCACGAAGACGGCAACGAACGGCUCGAUUUGCUUCACACAACGAAUCCAACGGCAGCGAACUUGUCACUCCCAGCUGAGACCUUUCUGAAAGCCGCCAUCUCUGUUAAAGACCAG